ACAAAACCGGAGAAGUGACAUCAUUGGGUGUAGAUGACGUCGGUGUAUAUAAGCAGUCGAGUUACGUCACGUCAUCAAUCCAGAUCAGCUGUUCAUCUCCGGUCGACGUUUGCUCGCUCGCAACGCGGGUUGUUUUCCCAUGUCCGGAUGGGACAGGACGGAGUUGACGGCCGGGAGUUAAAUAUAUGUGAAACUAUUAUUAAAUCAGAGUGAAGUGAAGAUCGCUUAAAUCAAUGACAACGCAUUAUCACGAGUCUUGGCACAAAAUUCUGCAAACGGAUAAUCCAAACAAGAGUAUCACGUAUAGCGUGGAUUUGUAUUUAAUUUCAAAGUUACUUAACUCUCCGUUGUCAUGGUAUGAGAUAUUAAAGUAUUAAAACUCGCGUUAUUCGCGAACGAUAUCGAUUAAGGGGAGAGAAUGGGGCAGACGCUCAGCGAGCCGGUGACGAAGAAAAAGUCGGCCUGUUGUCGAGACAACAACUAUCGUGUCGGUAGCUCCUGCAUGCAAGGAUGGCGUAUCAAGAUGGAAGAUUCGCAUGUGCACAUACUCUCCUUGCCAGGUGAUCCGGGCACCACGUUCUUCGCCGUCUAUGAUGGGCAUGGAGGUGCAACCAUGGCGCAGCAUGCUGGAAAACAUCUUCAUGAAUAUAUAAUUAAAAGAAGCGAGUACAAAGCGGGCGAUAUUGUGGAAGGUAUAAAGCAAGGUUUCCUGGAAUUAGACAAAGCGAUGCAGAAUAACGUGACCCUCAGAGAUGAACAUGCUGGGACCACUGUCAUCGCACUACUUAUCAAGGACAACAUUUUGUAUAGUGCUAACGCGGGUGACAGCAGAGCGGUAGCGUGUAUCAGUGGCAGGACGGUGCCACUUAGUCGAGAUCAUAAACCCACAUUGAAGGACGAGCGCAAGCGAAUCGAAGCUGCGGGUGGUUUCGUCGAGUAUAAAAGGGUGAACGGCAAUCUGGCAUUGUCCCGCGCGCUUGGGGAUUUCAUAUUUAAGCGAAAUGAUCAUAAAUCACCACAGGAACAGAUCGUGACUGCUUUCCCUGAGGUGCAACAAUUUCCUAUAAACGAGGAAUGGGAGUUCGUUGUUCUGGCGUGCGAUGGUAUCUGGGACGUGAUGACCAGCGAAGAGGUCGUUAGAUUCGUGAGAACGCGGCUAGCUCAGACGAAACUCGGCGACGCAGAGUCUCAUCGCAACGUCACAAUACGUCCCGAGGAGAUCUGCGAAGAGCUUCUCAACUGUUGCUUGGCUCCGGACGCCCUUAUGGGUACCGGUUGUGACAAUAUGACAGUGAUACUCGUGUGCUUUCUCCACGGCAAACCAUGUUCGCAAUUGGUUUUGCGUUGCCAGGACUUUCCGCCGAGUAUAGAUCUAUGACUAUUUUAGAUUUUAGUGAGAAAGAUCUAAUGUUUUACCUAAAUUAUUGUUAUAUAAGUAUAUUUUACUUUCGUCGGUGUACCUUGACUUUUGAUAUAGUGAUAUUUGUUAUGCAAUGUAUUACACAAUACUUUGGCUCUUUUGAUAAAGAUGAGCGGACGUAUAUUUAUAAAA